CGAAAGAUCGAGUAGUUAAGCACGUGAAGGGCAUCAAACAUGAAAUGGGUGAUAGGCCCAUUCCACCACGACCGGCCAAGAAAGCGAAAUUGCUUGACGGCAGCGACGAUGAUUCGAGUGAUGCUGAAGGCGGGGGUUCGUUAAAGGUGAAUGAGGAGUUUGCACGACGAUUCGAACACAACAAGAAACGGGAGGAGAAGCACAGAUCCUUGUCCAACCGCAAUAGUGAAGUCCUCGAUUCCGAAGAAGACUCCGAGGACGACGAGGAUGAAGAUGAUGACGGUGAGCUUGCGACCGAAGCCCUCGAUGCAGACAUCAUGGCCACGCUGCAGGCUAUUCGCUCUAAAGAUCCCCGUGUCUUUGACAAAGACGCCACAUUCUACCGGCCGAUAGACGACGACUAUGUGCACGGUACCAAUGCGACAAGGAGGGAGAAGCCAAUGACUUUGAAGGAAUACCACACGAAGAAUCUACUAGAGGGAAAGUUCAAUCCAGAAGAUGAGGAUGACACACUGCCGAAGACAUAUGCACAAGAGCAGGAAGAAGCCCGCCAGAAUCUUGUCAAGGAGAUGCACGCUGCCGGAGACUCCGAUGGGGAAGGUGAUGACUUCUUAGUGGCCAAAUCCAAAUCCAAGUCCUCGAAGAAGCAGCGCAUGAAGAUUACUGAGGAGGAUGUGGAGAAUGCUGACAAGGAUCCGGAAACGUUCCUAUCCAACUUCAUGGCUGCCCGAGCCUGGGUCCCCACCGAUGGAUCCCACUUCAAGCCCCUGGAGUCCGACGAUGACGACGAAGAUGAUCGUGCUGACGACUUUGAGAAUGCAUACAAUCUGUACUUCGAGGACCCAAGCACAGCCAACGAGAAGCUCGUCACGUAUGCUCGUGAUGCAGUGGCUAGCACGUCGGUCCGCCGGGACAAGCCAAGCAACCGCCAAAAAGCCCGCGACGCCGCCAGGGCAAAGCGAGAAGCCGAAAGGAAGCAGAGAGAAGAGGAGUUGGCGCGUCUGCGAAAGCUGAGGAUCGAUGAGGUGGAAGAGAAGGUCAAACGGAUACGGAAGACGGCUGGAGUGAGCGGCAAGCAAUUCAAAAUAGACGAGUGGAGAGAUGUCCUUGAAGCGGAUUGGUCAGAUGACCAGUGGGAUGACGAGAUGCGGAAUCGGUUCGGUGACGCCUAUUACAAUGCGGAAGAUCGUGAGGCAGGGUCGGGCAGCGAUGAAGAGAUCAAAGGAAAGUAUAAGAGGCUAAAGAAACCGAAAUGGGAUGACGAUAUCGAUAUCAAGGAUCUAGUCCCCGAUUUCGAUGACGACAACGAACAGCCUGUUUUCACACUGUCUUCUGACGAUGAGGAUGACGCUGUUGCCGAAGCCGAAGAGGGUGACGAAGAAGAGCAUCACCGCCCUACCAAGAGCUCGAAAAAGCGCAAACAAGAACGCGCCGACACAAAACGAGAUACCCGCCGUGAUCGUCGCAUCAUCGAAUCACUCGUGGACUCUACCCUAAAUUAUGAGACUACCAUCGCCUCCAGGCCAAAACCACCCACACAAUUCCGCUACCGAGAAACAUCUCCGACUACCUUCGGUCUAACUCCUCGCGACAUCCUCCUUGCCAACGACACGCAGCUGAAUGAAUUCGCGGGGCUAAAGAAGUUAGCGGCGUUCCGGGACCCAGGGAAGAAGAAGAAAGACAAGAAGUAUCUUAGCAAGAAGGCGAGGUUAAGGCAAUGGAGGAUGGAGACUUUUGGGGAUGAGGAGGGACCGAAGGGUGGUUUUGAGCUGCUGCUUGGGGAUGAGGGGGGACCUGUGAGUGGCAAUGGCGGGCAGGGUGGUGCGGACGGCUGCGUCGAUAUUCGGGAAGGGGGUGAUGGGAAGAAGAAGAAGCGGAGCAAGAAGAGGAAGGCCACAUCCAUGGACGCGUGA